AAUAUCCAUAAAUAAUUAAUCAGUCGCGAUAAGUAAACAUCAAAAUUAAAAAUCGGCAGCGAUCCUACAGACUACAGUGAGUCACAACUAGUGAAAAACACAGGUUAACCCACCAGUGCUGCCAGAGAGGCUGAAGCUGGGAUGAUAGCGGGAAUUAUAGCAAGAGAUGUAGUAGAAGAAAUUACCAAAUGGUAGCGCUAUAUUCUGGGUCAAGUGUCGCCAUCCGGUAGUAAUAUUUGUAAAUUCUUGAUCGUUCGGGAUAUCUUCGUGUUCCAAAAUCCUAGAUCGAGGUCGUUUACGACGGAACCACCUCGCAAUGGAAGUAAUGGAAUAAGCUGAUUGACGGGGUGGGGGCGGGUUGAUAAAAUGUGUGAGAGAUGACAAGAAUGUGUGAUGCUUGAAUUCUAUUUUGGAUAUUUUGUUGUGAUCAGUUGGAUAAGGCUCCUUGACUGUGUCUUACACUUUUUUGUUGCUCAAUGCUUAUUUUGUUACCGUUUUUAAGUAGACAUACGUGGCACAUUGGCGUUGCCAUCUUAUUCGAAUGCUGUCAAAAUAGUCUGUUUCACUAAGACGGAUCAAGAAUUAAGUGUCAUUCGUGUUGACGCAAUAAACAUUAAAGAAUGGAUGUGAUUGCACCGUAGUAGAAAUUAAUGUUAACAAUAAAACACAUUUUAAGUUGGAGGUUAUGUCAUCUUACAAAAUCAAAGAAAGCCCACGGUCUUACCAUCCGUAUUGCCCUCCGGAAACCAUCUCUACAUUAUGGCUCAACAAACUUCAUGCAAGGAAUGUGGCUGGGUGUGCCGCUCGUGUGAUGACCAAGGCCUUCUCCAGCUACAUGUGGAGGUGGAGAACUUGAAGCAGCAACUUUUGGAACGAGAAAGCCAUAUACGCAUCAUGGAAACUAGUUUCCUAGCUGAAGCUGACAAAUUUCCUAAUGGUGAAGCUGCUGCUUUGACUGAAGAAUUAUUGACAUGGCAAGACAAGUAUUCUAGGUUGUAUGAGUCCUACAAAAGGGUUCAAAAAGUAAAUCAGAGUCUAGAAGACAAACUUUUGAGAAUAGUGGACAAAUGUGAAACUGAAAAAAAUGAUUUGCUGAAAGAAGUGUCAGCUUUAACACAACGAUUAAUUGAUGCUCGGACAAAAGUCAACCGGCUUCAGACUGAAAAUGAUCGAUAUAAGAAUGAUGUUAGUCUUGCUAUCCAGCUGCUUCAAUGCAAACCAGCAAACUUCGUUCCUCAGAAGUACGAUUCACUUCCAGCUGAUUUACAACAGAAAGUUCUUGCAUAUGUUUGUGGCCGGCGACGUCCAUCUGACGUGGGAGCUGUUCCAAUUCGUGUUGAGAUGCGCACGAUUAAGGUUCCAGUGUCUACUUCACCACCUUCAUCAAUGUUGUAUCCUGUUAAUGAAGCUCAUUCCAUUAAAGAACUUAGUAGUGAUGAAGGUCAUGAAGAAGAAAUAGAACUAAUGAGUGAUACAGAUGUUAAUUAUUCAGAAGGUCGUCGUCCUCUGGAUAAUGUAUCGGCAGCUAUUAUGGCCAAGGUCCUUGAAGAAAGAGAGCGGGAGCGUCAACAAACACGUCAUUGUGAAAGCUGUACUUGUUUCACUAAUGUUGCAGCUGUUACUGUGGAUUCUUCUACACAAACUUCUGUUGCUGAUUUGGAACCAAAUAUUUCAUGUAUGAAUGGGUACACUGCAACUACUCGAGGCAGUCAAGGUCAUGUUCGGUUUGUUGAUUCUCUGUCUCGUAACAUCAGUGGAAAUGCACAAACGAAUUUUCCAUCCCGAUUAGGUUUAAAAAUAACAGAAAAUAGGAAUUCAAAAUGUGAUGCCACACUUAUUAACAUUGAUUCUUUGCCUGAUGUAAAAGCUGUUAGAAAAACUGAAAAUGUUGGAAGUGUAAUUGAUAUGAAAAAUGAUAAUUCUUCAAUUAAAAGGGAACUUAGUAAUGAAAAUCAUAUUUUGUCCAGAGAAAGACCAUUAGAAUGUUCGGUUUGUGAUACUCAAGAAAAAGAACCAGACAAGAUGAAUUUAAGUUAUAAUUCCUGUAUUAGUGAUUCAAGUAACAAAUUUAUUUUAGAAGACAUACUUUCACAAGAGGAUGGUCCUGAUAAAUUAAAUUCUUUGCAGACUAAAAGUUCUAAGGAAAAUUGUAUUAUUGACUUGGAGGUAGCAUCUGAUGGAAGAAGCGAUGUACCAAAAGCCAACAGAGGUAAAGAAUUAUCAAUAGCAAGAAAUAGUGGUGAAGUUUCCAAUAAAAGUACAGCAAACUUGCAGCGAGUAAGUGGUUCACAGAGUUUUAGCCUAAAAGUAGGGAAUCGAGAAGCACGAAACUUAGGAAGUUCAGAAUCUGGUGGCACUGCGCGAAGUCCUAGUAACUGGAUAAGAUACCCCAGUGAUGCAAGUAAAAAGAGUACUUUGGUUGUAUCUAGUGACAAAACAGUGGUACCUUCUGUGCGUCCCUCAGAAACAAGUGUUAGUCGAGUAUCUUUUCCUUCUGUGUCACUAAGGGGGAGUAACAGAGGGAGUGAGAACAGUCCUGGUAGUGGUCCACGGUUUUGUUCAAUGCGAUUACAGGCUGGUACAAGUAACAUUCUUCUGGACAAUGCCACAUCUUAUGAACCAGUUUUGUACACCAGCCGACACACUCAAGAUGGCGUUGAGUCAUGGGGUGUUAGCGCCAGCAGGUCUGGGGCAGCUGUUCUAGUCCAUGCUCCACGUUCACGUGCGCCAAGUUUAGAUGAAGCUCCAUCACAAAACAAAGUUGCUCUUUGGGUGCAUGCUAAUCCAACACAGACAGGCACAUGAGGUUUGCACGAAACAACUGAACAAAUAUUCUUUACACAAAAAUAUCCACUUCAUUUUAUUGGAAUGUUGUAUAAUGAAAUAGAGGUGCCUUUAUGUGCAGCGGUAAAUUCCAUUUCUCACAUGGCAUUUCAUCCAAAGAUAUAUUUGAUAGGUUGUGUAUAUAUAUAUAUAGUUGCGUAGUGUUUCAUGAAAGUGCCAGCAAAUAAUAAUUUGGAUUUUUUAUUUUAUUUUGUGCAUUGUAGUAUGUAUAUUUUUCCAGUUUCAUGAAAUGAAGUAAAGGUUACCUUGAAAUUAAUUUGGGAUUUUUUUAGUUCUAUUUUUACAUUAUUCUUUCCUUGUUUUUGUUAAGUGUAAAUUGACAUGCUUCUGUUCAUUCUGUACAUUUUACAUUUUUUAGCUUGUAUAUACACUCACACACUGUCUUCAUUUGAAUAAAUAAAUCAAUGAGUGAUUUUAAUUGGUAUUUUAUUGAAUGAAGAUAUUAGUAAUAUCUGUGUUUCUGCUAGUUCUGUGAUAAAUUAUUUAUUCAUAUUAAUGGUGGUAAUACAUAUGUUGAACCAAAUACUAUGCAUCAUGUAAUGUUUAUGAUGUUAGAAUGACUGGGGCUAUUUGUUGUACUCUUUCAUUCUCUUCUGAGAGAAUGCUAAAGUUGUUGUUUUAUUGUCUAAGGUUGAGUCUCAUUCCUAUAAAGUGUUCCUUGUCGGAGUAAAUUGGAAGAUAAAUGCUCAUUUCAAUGUUCAAUUCUAGGAGUAAAGAAAUGGGUGGACAUUGUUUUUGUUGAAAUAAAUAAUUGUAAGUAAUUCUACAGAAUAUCACAUUUCACAACUGAUUUGAUAUUUUGAUUUAUUGUUGCUUGUAAUUGUUAAAAUUGUCUCUGUGUUUGUAUCUUUAAAUGUAUAAAUGUGGAUAUCAUGAUGUGAUGUAUAGAAACACUUCUUAUAUGGGUCAAAGUAAAUGCUGGCACCCUUUGUUUAAUCCAUAAAAACAAUGGCAAUUCCAAAGUCUUUUUGAAACUUCCCAAAGUUAAAAUAGGUUAUAAUGUAUAGAUAUAAUAAUAACUUUAUCAUUUAUUCCAGCAACUAGCCCUGGUCUUCCCAACUAUUCAUAUCAGUUUUAUGAAAUUGCUAUAAACUGUGCAAUCAAAAAAUGGAAGUGUUAAAAUAUAAAAAUUUCAUACAAAUUGUUUUGGUCUUUAUUAUAAAUGUAAG